AUGAGUCAGCGCGGGAAGAAGGCGUCUGCGGCUUCGAAGAGCAAGAAGGCCGCCCCGGUGGUGGAGGAGGAGGCGAUGGACCUCGAGGAGCAGGAGGAGCAGGAGGAGGAGACGAUCACCUCCACCCCCAAGAAGGGUGCCGCCUCCAAGAAAUCGUCGAAGGCCAAGCGCACUGCGAAAAAGAAAGAGGCCGCUGCGGCAUCUUCUGCUGAAGAUGAAGGCGAGGAAGGAGAGGAAGAAGAGGAGCAGGAGGUGAAGAAGACCAAGGCCAAGACCACCUCAUCCUCAUCGAAGAAGAAGGCGCCCCCCGCCGCGAAGAAGUCCACUAAAAAGGCCAAGGAAGCCGGCAGCGAGAUGGAUGAUGAAGAAGAGGCCGAGACCUCGCCGUCGCAGAAGGAGAAGGCCGAGCCCCAGGGCGGCAAGAAGCGCAAGCGCCAGGAGAAGGCCAAACCGGCCGACGACGAGGCUGAGGCCGACGACGACGCCGCCGCCGUGAAGAAGAAGGAGGCGCCCGCCACGCCCAAGAAGAGCACCAAGGGCAAGGCCGUCCCGGCGGCGUCGCGCAGGCGGUCGGCGCGCAAGGUGGCCGAGGAGGAGUCCGAGAACGACGGCAGCGAUGAGUCGGAGGAGGACGACGAGGGCUCCAAGAGCUCCAAGGGCCGGCGUGGCCUGAAGCCCUCGCUCUACGAAGAGUUCCAGGCCCUCAACGAAGGAACCAAGAAACUGGGCAAGCUGCGCGAGCGCCGUGGUGCGGCCACGCGCAGGAUCAAGCCCGAGGAGGAGGUGCCCGACAGCACCCUCACCUUCCUCAACGACCUCAAGCCCAAAUACGGCGCGAACGAGUUCGUGGCGGUGAACCCCGAGACGGACGAGGAGGAGUUCUACCUGGCGCAGCUGCGCGAGGACGUGUUUGCCAAGGUGCAGAGCGUGGUGCACGUCCUGUGGCUGGAGCCCGUCGAGGAGAACGACAAGUCCGCGUGGGAGUUCGAGGAGUUCGACACCAUCCCCUGUGGCUCCAUCAUCUGCCGCGUCGCGCUCAAGGUCAGUGACGGUGGUAAGGACAACGAAACGAUGCUGCUGUCGGAGGCCGAGAGGCAGCGCAUCCUCGAGCGUAAGGCGCUUGACUCCGAGGAGGAGGAAGCCGCCGCCAAGAAGGAGGAAGAGGAGGCCGCCACCGCCGCCGCGCAGAAGAAGAAGAAGCCGGCCAAGGGCAAGAAGAAGUCCGCCGACGACGCCGAAGCCGAGGCCGAGGAGAACGAAGACGAAGACGAAGACGACGGCGAAGGCGAAGACGGCGAGAAGAAGAAGAAGGGCAGCAAGAAGAAGCCCGUGCUUAAGAAGGCGCUGAGCAGGCCGCAGAUCGUAAAGGAGGAAGAGGAGCAGGACAAGCUGCUCGAGCGGCUCGAGAAGAUCGAGGACCCGACCUUCGCGCCCGGCAAGGCCGUCAAGGCCAACGCCCACCGCGGCGCUCGCGUCCAGGCCGCCAAGCGCAGCACGGCCAGGCGGAUCGGCGCCGGCGCCGGCAGGUCGAGCGGCGGAGGCCGCAGCCGAAGCGGCAGCAGCGCGAAGCCGCGCAGCCGUAAGAGGAAGACGGCCGAAGACGACGAUGACGACGACGGCGGCGAGGACACCAAGCGCCCGGCCAAGCGCGCGCGCACGACACGCCGCCGCGGCAAGCGCGUGGGCGAGCUGGACAAGACGGUCAAGAAGGUGACGUCGGACCCGACCUUCGACGAAGCCGACGGCGAGCUGCGCAACAAGUGCUGCACGCUCUGCAGCAGCAGGGAGGCCAUCCGUGCCGUCCUCGCCAACGACAUGCCUUUGCUCAAGAAGGUGAUUGCGGACAACGACUUUGUGCACUCGCUCUUUGUGCCGCGCAGCGCCUCGGAGGAGCUGACGUGCCUCGAGUACGCGGUCAAGACCAACAACAUCGACGCGCUCAAGCUCAUCGUGGAGGCCAUCAAGAACAUCCACCAGCUGAAGCGCGCCAAGCCCACCCAGGUCAGCUUGAAGACCAUGGGUUCCGGCGAUUACAACUUCCACACCUUCGGGCACGCGGUGCGCAAGGUGGCGGCUUCGCGAGGCGGCAAGGAGGGCAACAACGCCUUCGCGUCCGACACGCAGCAGUACCAGAACAACACCUACGUGGAGACCGAAGCCAUGAUCCGGGUGCUCAUGCAGAGCCCCGAGGUGAAGAAGGAGACCAUCGACUGGCUCAUUCUCAACUACCCCGACUUCGAGAGCGCCGUAUCCAACUACAUCUACCUGGCUGCCUACGCGGGCAACAGGAAGCUGGCCGGUUUCUUCGUCGAAUGGUUCGAGAGCAGGGGCGGGUAUGGCUUCAACUUCCUCCACAAGCAGGCUCUGCUCAACGACGGCAAGGCCUUCGACCAGUACAAGAUCCAAUCGGUGGGCAAGAAGCCCAUCGGCAACAACACCAUGACGCCGUUCCACUGCGCCGCCAUCAACCCCAACGUCAAGUACCUCAAGGAGCUGCUCUCGGCCAAGUCCGAAGACAGGCUGCCCGACUCGAUGAAGCGCCAGCCCAUCCACUACGCCGCCGCCUGCACCGGCCCUGACCCGCUCAAGUUCCUAUUGGAGCGCGGCAUCAGCCACACGGAGGUGGAUAUGGAGCUCACCACGCCGCUGAUGAUCGCCGCGCAGUGGGGCCGCCUCGACAACGUCAAGCUCCUGCUCGACUGGGAGCAGAAGAAGAACGAGGAGAUGGAGAAGGGGAAGGAGAACGACGAGGACGGCGAGAAGGGCAGCGACGAGGAGGAAGAGGAGGAGGAGGAGGCGCCGCGCAGGAAGCCCAAGGCCAAGGCCGUGGCCUACAUCGACUGCAAGGCCAAGGGCACGCACUACACGGCGCUCCACCUGGCCGUGCGCCAGAACCAGGUCGAGGCCGUCAAGCUGCUCAUCGAGAAGGGCGCCAACAUCGAGUGCCCCGACGCCAUGAAAAUGACGCCGCUCCACCACGCCGUCGUCCUCGGCCACCUGGACGUCGUUAAGGUCCUGGUCGAGGAGGGCCAGUGCAACAUCGAGGCCGCCGACAAGCUCAAGCGCACCGCCGUCAUCCACGCCGUGCGCAACGGCCAGCUCGUCGUUCUCGGCUACCUCCUCCGCAUGAGUGCGGACGCGUGCUGCGCGGAUUCGUCGAACAACACGGCGGCGCACUACGCGGCGGCCUUCGGUUGGCUGGAGUGCCUCAAGCUGCUGAUCAAGCGCGGCGCCGAUCCCAACGCGCCCAACGAUUGGAAGACCACGCCGCUGGGCAUCGCCAUGCAGAAGGGCCACAUGGCCAUCGCCGACUACCUGCUCGAGCAGGACAGCGUCGAUGUCAACAUCCGCGACGACGACGGCAAGACCCUCGUCGCGCAGAUGAUGGAGGUCAUCACCGACUCCACGCUCAAGCAGCUCAACUACCUGCUCGAGAAGAAGGACGCCGACGUCACCACGGCCGACGCCCAGGGCUACACCCCGCUCCACCACCUCGCCAAGAACUACGACCCGCGCAAGGACAUCAACGACAACAGCAACAACAACGACGACGACGACGACGACGACGACGACGAAGAGGAUGAGGAUGAAGAGAACGAGGAGGAUGAAGAUGCGAUGGAAGAGGAAGAAGGCGAGGAGGAGGAGGAGGAGGAGGAGGAGGAGGAGGAGGAGGAGGAGGAUGAAGAUGAAGAGGAGUCGGGCAGGUCGAGGAAGAAGGCGGCGCCGAGGAAGAAGUCUGCGGCCAAGGGCAAGGAGAAGGCCGACAAAGAACCCAGCGGUGACAAGCAGCCCGCGGCCAAGCCGAAGAAGAAGAACUGGAGCGUGGAGAUAGCCAAGGUCCUCAUCAAGAAGGGUGCCGACGUCAACGCCAUCACUACCGAAAAGGAGACGCCUUUCCUGUUUGCCAUGCAGCACUACAAUGAGGAGCUCAUCGCCCUCCUGCUCGAGCACGGCGCCCAGGCCACCUCGGCCUUUGACAAGAACUCGGGCCAGAACAUUCUGCACCAGCUGACUCCGCACCUGAUGAAGACGAACGUGAUGCCGCUGAUCGAGCUCAUCGCCAAGUCCUCGGCCGAGCAGUUCAAGGUCAUGGCCAACGAGGUCGACCACGAGGGUUUCACCCCGUUCCUCCGCUUCAUCCAGCACUACGCCUCCUGGGUGCCCGCCAACCUCACCCACCUGCGCGGUGGUGCGCGCACCAAGCAAACUGCUCGCAAGGUAUGGCCCGGGAAUGCCCCCAAAAAGAUGGCCCGAUUCGGUCAGUUCAACCAGCACCAGCACCACCACCAGGCCCGCGACGAUUCCAGCCUGACGCCGCAGGAGAGGCUGCAGCUGGAGCAGCUGGCGCGCGAGAAGUUCCGCCAGUUCCUGGAGCGAUUCAUCGAGCUCGGCGGCGUCAACCCCGCGCUGCCCGUGCAGCGGACCAAGGAGUGGAAGGACUACGUCGAGAAGCGGAAGAAGGAGGCCAAGGAGAAGGCCGAGGCCGCCGGCGCCGAGAACAAGAGCGAGACGAGUCUGCUGGCCGAGGCCGCCGACGAGCUGGCCGCCGAGGCCGAGGACCCGAUGGAGCAGGACCCGCCCACGCAGAAGAAGAAGCGCCGGGAGAUCACCUCCGAUGACGACGAAGACGAAAAUGAAGACGAGGACGAGGACGAGGACGAGGACGAGGACGAGGACGAGGACGAGGACGAGGACGAAGACGACGAUGAAGACGAAGACGACGAUUCUGAUGACGGUGGCUGGUCUAGGAAGAAGUCUAAGAGCCGGCCGGCGAAGAAGUCCCGCGGUGGUGACCAGAGCAACAACGCCAACAAGCCUCCGCCGCAGUACAGCGCCGGAGUGGGCCUGCGCACGGCGCUCCACUUCCUGGUGGGCCAGAAGGACACCGAACUGGUCAAGCUCCUGCUCGACAAGUACCAGCUCGACGUCAACGCCCAGGACUUUGACGGCAAGGACACCCCGCUCCUCCUCACCAUCACCAACUCCCGCUCCGAGAUGUUGCCCAUCCUGCUGGCGCACAAGGCGAUCAACGUCAACCUGGCCAACAGGUUCGGCGCGUCGCCGCUGCACCAGGCCGUGGCGAACCUCAACAUGCUGUUCGUCAAGUCGCUGCUGGACAAGAAGGCCAACGUCGACGUGCGCGACAAGAACGAGCGCACGCCGCUGCACUACGCGCUCCAGCGCAAGCACAUGGAUCUCGUGCAGGCGCUGGUCGCGGCCGGCGCCAACGUCAACGCGGUCGACGACAACGGCCGCAACGGCCUGCACUACGCCGUCAACGCCGCCGACUCGGGCGCCGACGCGUCGUUCGAGAUGGAGGACUUUUUGCUGAGCCACGGCGCCGAGGUCAACCAGCGCGACAAGCACGGCCGCGUGCCGAUGCACUACGCCUUCGUCAAGAUCGGGCACGACGUGGCGAGCCAGACGAGCAGCAUCGACCCUAUCGAGACCAUCUCGUCGCUGUGCGCCCUGGACCAGCUCGAGAUCGACCCGGCCGACCACCACGGCUGCACGCCGCUGCACUACGCCGCCCAGCGCGGCGCCACCACCUGCUCGCUGCUGCUGCUCAACCGCAAGGCCGCGCUCGAGCACGAGGACCGCGACGGCAACACGCCGCUCGGCGUGGCCAUCAAGAGCGGCCACGGCGACUACGCCAUCAUGCUCCUCCAGAAGAAGGCCGACGUGCGCCACCCGAUCCACUACGUCACCCGCGAGUGGCGCCAGCGCGAGGGCACCACCGACCCCAAGGACAAGGUGGAGGUCGAGACCGGGCGCUACUUCCGCUCCAUGUUCUACGUGGCCGUCGUCAACGGCUGGCAGGGCGUAUCCUACAUGAUGCUCGACGCCGGCCUCGACAAGCUCACGGCCCUCAUCGACGCCAUCAACACCGGCAAGUUCCAGCUCGUGGUCACGCUCCUGUCCAAGACCAAGCGCGACGAGGUGGUGCAGGGCGUCGACGCCCACGGCCGCACCCUCUUCCACCACCUGGCCAACUACGCCCAGGGCAACCUCGACGUCAAGUGGGCCACUACCCUGGCCGAGAAGCUGCUCGCCCGCAAGGUGAGCAUGGUCGCCCUCGACAAGCACGGCCGCCUCCCGCUCCACUACGCCGCCAGGCGCGGCUACUACGACCUCGUCUGGUUCUUCGUCACCCGCCACGUCGACCCCAGCCUCGUCGACAAGAAGGGCAAGAGUCCGCUGGUGUACGCUACGGAGGGCAGCGUGGGCACCCAGAACCUGCGCAUCGCGUCGGUGCUGCUGAGCGGCACCAUGGCCAAGAAGGCCGACCCCAACAUCCUCUACCCCAACCCCGUCCACCAGGCCGCCCAGAAGGCUAUCGAGGCGAAGAAGGCCAAGAUGGACGCCAAGGCCAAGGCGACCAGUGGCGCGGAGGGCAAGAUCAAGGCGGCGACCGACGCGCUGGCCAAGAUUGCCGAGAAGACGCGCCCGAUCAUCCACGCGGCCAAGGACAACCUGCCCGCGUUCGUCACCGCGCUCCUGGCCCACACCGUCGGCAGGCUCGCGUGCGACGUGAACGCGCAGGACAGCCUCGGCAAGACGGCCCUCAUGUACGCCGUCUGCAACAACGACGUCGACAUGGUCCAGCACCUCUUCACCGCCCAGGAGCCCCUCAAGAUCAACCUUGCCGCUGCGCCCAGCCAACCGACGUUCUCGCCGUUCGGCGCUCAGUUUGGUGCCACCACUCAUGCGGGCUUUGGCGGCGCGUUUGGCGGCUUCGGCAUCGCGCCCGCGGCCGCCGCGCCCAAGGCAUCCGCCACCAACAACAAGGGCAAGGCCAAGGCCAAGGACGACGAGGCCGAGCUGGUCACGCCGCUGGUCAACAAGACCAAGAUCAACCCGAACGUGCAGGACGCCAACGGCAAGACGGCGCUUCACUACGUGGUCAACCCGCUCGACUUUGGCUCGUACGAAAACGUCAAGCUGCUCACCCUCCUCGUCAAGUCCGGCGCCGAUGUCAACAUCAAGGACAAGCAGGGCCACACGGCGCUCUACUACGCCAUGCAGCAGAGGGACGGCGUGAUGGCCAAGGCCCUGCAGAAGCUGGGCGCCAAGCUGGACAAGAAGGAGACCCAGCUCUCGCGCCAGGAGUCCUUCGUCCACGCCGAAAAGUGGAUCAACGACUUUGGCAUCCCGCCCGUGGACUGGGAGCACGACGCGGCUGAGCUGCUCAAGAACCCGCCGCCGCCGACGGCGGAGGAGCUGAAGAAGGCCGAGGAGGAGAAGCGCGAGGCGCACCCGGUCGACCGCGAGUUCGACCUGUGGGAGACGUCCGAGGUGCACGCCGUCGACGAGGACGACGUCUACGACGUCACGCUGACCAAGGUCGACGUCCAGCGCGGCCUCUACGGCGUCAACAACUUCUACCGCAUGCAGGUCAUCCACAACAAGGUGAAGGACCUCUACAUUCUGUGGAACAAGUGGGGCCGCAUCGGCGACACGGGCCAGUACCAGCGCACGCCGUUCCCGUCUGCCGACGCCGCGUGCGAGGAGUUCCGCAAGAUCUUCCGCUCGAAGACCGGCAACGCGUGGGAGGAGCGCGCGGCGUUCGACAAGAAGCCCAAGAAGUACCACCUGGUCAAGGUCGACGCCGAGCGCGAGCGCUCGAUCGCCAACCUGCUCAAGCCCUUCGACGUCGAGAUCGAAGACGACAUCGUCGAACAGCAGCAGCCGACCAACAAGAACGCCAACAAGAAUGACGCGCCCAAGUACCCGGCGUCGAAGCUGCCGCUGCCGCUGCAGCACGCGAUCAAGGCCCUCACCGACUCGACGAUGCUCACCCAGGCCAUGCGGACCGCCGGUAUCGACACGGACGCCAUGCCGCUCGGUCGCCUCACCAAGGAGGACAUCGAGGCCGCCAAGCAGAUCCUCGCCGACAUCCGCAAGCUCCUGCACAAGAUCCACCCACCCGCGACUCCGGCGGCCGCGGAGGAGAAGGCAGACGAAGACGACGACGAGGAGAACGAAGACGAAGAUGAGGAGAACGAAGACGAAGAGGACGAGGAGCGGCCCAAGAAGAAGAAGAAGACCGCGGCGGCCCCGGCCACCGCCACCGGCGGAGAGAAGCCGAAGGAGCUCACGCUCGACGAGGCCCGCGUGUUCUUCGAGCAGAUCGCCGAGCUGAGCAACCGCUUCUACGAGCUCAUCCCCCACGCCAACUACACCGUCGAGUCCAUCCCGCCGCUCGACGACGAGAACCUCCUCAACGAAAAGUUCACGAUGCUGGGCAACUUGGCCGAGAUCCAGACGGCGUCCAAGAUCCUGCUGGGCGCGCACUACCGCGCCAAGGAGCUCAACCCGCUCGACUACUGCUACUCGGCCAUGAACAUCCGUCUCAACGACAUCGAGAAGGAGACGGACGAGUACAAGACGCUCAUGACGUACAUCAAGAACACCGAACAGGGCGCCCUCCGAGGCAAGUUCAUCACCAACAUCUACAACCUCCAGCGCAAGGGCGAGCCCGAAAGGUUCCAGAAGUGGGAGGAUUUGCACAACCACCAGCUGCUGUUCCACGGCUCGCACCUGGCCAACUUUGUUGGCAUCCUCUCGCAGGGCCUGCGCAUCGCCCCGCCCGAGGCGCCCGUGAGCGGCUACGCCUUCGGCAAGGGCGUCUACUUUGCCGACAUGUUCCAGAAGAGCUUCAACUACUGCCGCAUGGGCGACGACUACAGCUACCACCACCGGCCCGGCAAGAAGCAAAAGCAGACUGGGUUCAUGCUUCUGUGCGAGGUGGCGCUGGGCGACAUGAACGCCAUCAAGGAGGCGGCCUACAUGGAGAAGGCGCCCGAGGGCACCCACUCGACGAAGGGCAUCGGCCAGCGCGGGCCGGACUUCAGCAAAUCGAUUGUGCUGCCCAGCGGCGUGGGCAUCCCCAUGGGCCAGGUCAUCACCUACCCCGUCGACCCCAAGGAGCAGUACAACCACUACAACUACUACCGCCUCCAGCACAACGAGUACAUCGUGUACGAUGCCUCGCAGGUGCGCGUGCGCUACCUCAUCCAGGUGAGCGAUCAGGACCCCAACCGCAACUAA